GGGGUGGUGCAGGUGCGAGAGGAACCACGAGUUGAGGCAAUCGACAGCUUCCUUGGAAAACUUGGUGCGCGGGCCCUUGCGACGAGUGGGCUCCUCCUGAUGGGCAAGGGGGGUGGGCAACAGCGAAGGACGGAAGGAAGGAAGGAAGGAAGGAAGGAUAAGUCGAGGCAAUCAAUAUGUUUGCAGUAGGGUUUGAAGGGGUGGGAGGGAAUUUUGCAAGAGAAGGAAAAUCAAAAGUCAGUCGGCAUACCUGUUGCUCCGACUCCUGAGCUGCGUUGCCCUGCCCUUCCUCUUCCGCCCCUUCUGCUGCCUCCGUCGCCUCGUCACUACCACCACCGUUAUUGCUUCCCGCACCAGCAGCAACGCCAGCAGCAGCAGCGCCACCAGCGGGGAGUGAUGCUGCUGCUGCUGCUGCUGCUGGUGCCACGUGGCUUGACUGGAGACAGCCACGUGUUUGCCAGCACUAGCUACCUGCUGAGUGUACACACUCUUCUGCUGCUGGUGCUGGUGCUGGUGCUGCGGGAUUUGCUGCUGUUGCUGGCGAUUCUGCAUUUGCUGCUGCUGCAAGUAUCCCUGCUGACUUGGCACGACCUGUUGCUGACGUGGCUGCAUUUGCAUCGCGUGCUGCAGCACUCCCUGCUGCUGCUCCUGCUCCUGCUGCUGCUGCUGCUGUUGUGAUUGCUGCUGCGAAAGUAUGGCCCCUGAGAAGUGCCUCUUAACGGGUGUGAUUAUACCGAGGUUAGAAGACCCCCAUCCCCCAUGUCCACCCCCACCUCCUGCCUGUGCCACGUGGACACCAGGGCUCUGGCCUUGUGACACGUCAGAUCGGGACAGCUCAGCUUGGGUCAGGCCAAGGUGACGUGGAACGUCUUCUUGCUGCAUGGUCAGCUCUCCUUGGCGUUCGUACGCGAUAUAGGCAUUCCCGCGCACCCGCUUCAGUUGCUGCUGGGACACAUCCUGCGACCACCCUUGCUCUUGCACCUGCUGCUGUAUCUGCUGCGGCUGCGCUUGCUGCUGCUGCUGCCAUACAUUCGGCUGAUUCUGAUACUGCUGCUGCUGCUGCUGUUGCUGCUGCUGCUGCUGUUGCUGCUGCUGCUGCUGCUGCUGCUGCUGUUGCUGCUGCUGCAGGGGAACCAGCGGCGGCGGCGGCUGCUGCGCGAAUUGUGGCUGCCAUUCCGCUUGAAUAGCGGGCGGAGCCGGCGGCGAUGGGAGCGGCGGAGGCGGAAGAGAGUGCGCAGGGGGAGCAGGCGCAGGCGCAGGCGGAGGGGGCGGGGGAAACGGCGGAGAGUGAGACGCGGGAGAGACGACGAGCGGAGAUGCUGGUUGGGGGAGCGGAAGGCCCGCGCAGGGGGGCACGUGGGGCGGCGCGUAGCCUCCGCAAUACCCCCCUGCCACGUCAGCAGGAGCGCCGUGAAAACUGACCGCGGGCGGCUGGGAAGGACCGGCAGCGGGGUGGUUGGGCGGGAGCGCGGGCGGCGGAAGAGUCGGCUGCGGCGAUUCGUACGACGACGCCGCGUACUGGAGAUUAUCCGCGCUGGCGCUCGCGUGAAAGGCGGCGGGAUUUACGGCGGGAUCGACGGCGGGAACCGUGGCGGCCUGCGCGUUGGCCGGAGAGGGGUGACUGCUGGUAAAUCCGCUGGUAAAGCCGCUGUUAAACUCUAGCGACGAUUGGUCGCCGUGGUGGUAAGCGAAGCUUCCUGUAACGACGUUCUGCUGAUGGUUACCGCUGGUGUUACACUGAAACUGCUGCUGCGCCUGUUGCACCUGUUGCGCCUGUUGCGCCUGUUGCGCCUGUUGCUGUUGGAACUGUGGCUCUAGUUGUGGCUGCUGCUGCUGCUGCUGCUGCUGCUGAAACUGAUGCUGCGGCUGUUGAGAGAAGCUGCGAUAAUUGUGCGAUCCACUCGCCUGAGCUUCGUGCGUGCGAAGUUCCGCCGCAAAACCCAGAACCCCGGUAUUUGGGUUCUGGUUCAACCCCUGAUUUUGGUAACCUGGCGUUCGCGAUGCUGAGCCAACAGUAACGGGUGCGAAGUCAAUGUCGUCAAGCAUCGCAGCGAAGAACCCGUCGUCAGCCAGUGCUGCUUCUGUAGUUACCACAUUUUCGCCAACCAACCCCUGUUCUCCCUCCCCUCCCGCCCUCUGCAUCACAACGCCACACCCAACUCCUCCGUCACCAACACUCACGCCGAUCCUCCCUUCGAACUCAGCGUCUUGUGCCUGCUGUUGCCGCAUUUCAUGCCCAACUUGAAGUCUCGCGUCUUCACGUUGCUGGUUAAGCGCGAAUCUGACGGGAUUCUCCUCGGGUUUCACAACGGGCGCACUCUCAGCGGCGCCAGAUGCGGCAGCGAAGCUCGGAGCUUGGUAAAUCGGGAAACCCGCGCUGACACGUGGCGCGGGCUUGCAGUCUGCGAACUUGGCCGCGUCGUGGGCGGCGGCGGCAGCGCUCCGAUUAGGGUGAUGGUAAUGAACGAGCUCCGCACCUGUAGCGGGGAUGGACGUCGGAUCCGCGUGGUGGAGCAGCAGAGAUUGCUCGCCCUUGCCAGCGUCGUAAAUGGAAAACGAUCUGCGGAGAUUACUAUUAUUAGUAAUAUUGCUAUUUACAGGCAACGAACUAGCAGUGAUUUGCGCCGGAGGAGGAAGAAAAAGCGACUCGUCAAGGUUACGGGGGACGUUACAAGCGAGGAUGUCCGCGCUGACGCUUGACGCGUCCAGGUGCAUCUGGUGCAGUGCGUUACUGCCAAUUGCGUUGACAUCAGAGACGCACACCGCGGGAACGGGGGGGUUUUGCCCGUUGGAUCCUUGAUCGUUGCCAGUGCAGCGCAAUCUGAGAUCAGACUGACGCUCUGGAGAGGGCGAGCUCGACGCUUCCAGUCGUAAGGCGGCCUCAGCGUGGGAGCUGGUAUUCCCGCUGUCGGGAUCGUUACUAAUAGGCUGUUGGAUAAGGCAGAAAAUGUCUUCCGCCAUGAAAUAAGGCCCUGGGAUGUCUAGAGGCUCGGUUUCCUUGAACGGCCUAAUGCUAAGACAGCUAU